UUUGUUUUAUGGAAUGAAAUUUUCAUUUAAAAACGAGCUACAUCAGAUUAACUCAUUAAAUAAUAACCCUAUGGUUAGAGCAUAGGGGAGAAGCACUUUAACAGUAUAUAAUAAUGUCAUCCAAACAACAAAAGAUUGUACUUUACAGCUUUUAAAAGUUUAGUGUAAAAAAGAAUAGGAAAAAAUUAAGCUUAGUUUGUAUUACUUUUUUAAUCAUGAGAAGUGUCCAGUCUCAGUGUAAUGGGACUGGGUCAUGACACUGUUUUGUGGGAAGAGGUACACAGUGUCAGGUAAUGAAACAAUACCUCACGAAAACAUACAAAGAGUUCACCCCCACUGUAGAGAUACAUUCAAAAGCCUCACAACCUGCUAUAAUCCCUUUGGCUAGAGUUGCUGACACUGGCUAACCCUUUACAAUUUGGCUUCUCUCUCUGUGGUGUUGGAAAUCAGCUUCAUCUUACCAACCAGUCCAUGAACUGCAACAAUAUUCAGCUGCUGAAUCUCAAAAUAUAACCCAAAAACUGCCAGUAACUCAAUCAGUGACACUGUGAGAUCAAUGAAAAGAUGAUUGAAGGUGAUGGAGAACUGUCAGCAAUGGUUCAGGAACUCUGGGACAAUGACGUCAAUCGACUGAGACCUGGGAUUGAUUAUCGUAUUUCUCUGCAGGGAAAAGCGGGUGAUCUGAAGGGCUUCGGUGAUGACAAUGAUGCAACUGGCUCGCCUUUGUUUACAUUUGUUGAUGAAAACAUUUUCAAAAAGGAGACUUUCUUAGCCUUCAUAUCACUCCUGGACAACUAUAUAAGUAAUACUGGUGAACCAGAGAUUGUCACACCAGAGGAAGAAAUAGAGAAUCACAAGUUUCUGGAUUCAGUUAUAAAGACCCCAACAAUGAAGAUUGCCCAUAGAUAUCUAGUGGAGAAGCAUCUUUCUCCAGAGAACACUACAGACUUUAAACAACAGCUGUAUCGCAUCUGGUUUGAGCUGUAUGCUAGGAAAGGAUCCAGUAAACCAGACUCAUCUGGUUUCGAGCAUGUCUUCGUAGGCGAGACCAGAGGCGGUCAUACUGUAAUUGGCUUCCAUAACUGGAUUCAGUUGUACUUGCAAGAGAAACUUGGACACAUUGACUACAAAGGAUAUAGUGUGAAGGCAAACUCCCCCCAGCCGGAUGACAGCAAGCACAUUUUGGCGCUCCAGUUCAGCUGGAGGAACGGAAUUAAACCCAAAGGGAGCAUUUUUAUUGGUGUGAGCCCUGAGUUUGAGUUCGCCUUGUACACUCUGUGUUUCCUCACAUCCCCGAAUGAGCGUGUGAAGGUCUCCUUCAACAUCUAUGAGGUGGAGAUUGUCUGUCAUCACUACAACCAGAAGCACAUAGGCACCACCUAUCCUGUCCUUCUGAGAUACCUUAACGUAUAACCGGAAAUAAAGGUCUUUGUGGUGAAUUAAAUCAGCUAUGGGUUAAAGAAUUGUUUUUAUAUUUUUACCUCAAAAGCAAUAAACCAAAUAAGACCAAGAAAGCCAUUUCCUCUGCUGUAGUGUGUGAUAUGUGUUUUGUAGUGCAUAAAUAAAUCUUGAC